AAUACAUUGCACAAAAUGUUGUAACAAAUAAAAAAUACAAAAAAAAAAAACAGCUGCACAAGUAAUAAAACGCGGCGCACAGUGGUACAAAAGCGCACAAAACGCAAAAAGAAAUCUGAAAAAAAAACGCACAAAAAUCAACGUGAAAAUAAACGAGUGAGAGUGAGAGGAACAAAGUCUAGCGAAAUGCCACGCCCACUGCAGUUGCCGCUGCUGCAACUGUUGCUCUUCAGCAGCAUUGCCGUGCAACACGGCAGCACAGCCGGCACGCUGACCAGCACGGCAGCCAGCAGCCGGAGCACAGAUGUGCACCUGGACAGCACAACGGCACGUCAUGUCGCGGAUCUAGUCAAUGCGGAGGAGCCGGCCGGCUCCGGCUGGGAAACACUUGAGACUGAAUUCACAUUAGCCACGCACAGCAGCUCCCCCAACGCAACCGCAGUCGCAACCCCGGAAGCCACGCUGCCCACAUCCAUUGAGCAGCAGGAUCAGCCGCCGGCGAUUCCGGCAACCACGUUGGCCUUUGCCCAUGCCGUUGCCGUGGCCGGGGACACCAUGGACUCGACUGGUUUCAGUGGCGAUGCCACGCCCCCCUAUGCCGCCGUCGAUGAUAGUUAUGUGCCAAGCAAGCCUCAGAAUCUCACCGUCUUGGAUGUCUCCGCGAACAGCAUCACAAUGUCCUGGCAUCCGCCAAAGAAUCAGAAUGGCGCCAUCGCCGGCUAUCAUGUCUUUCACAUACACGACAAUCAAACGGGCGUCGAGAUUGUUAAGAACUCACGCAACUCGGCCGAAACGCUGAUACACUUCGAACUCCAGAGUCUGAAACCCUUUACCGACUACCGCGUCAUUGUCAAAGCGUUUACAACAAAGAACGAGGGCGAGCCAUCCGAUCAGAUUGCCCAGCGUACGGAUGUGGGCGGGCCCAGUGCGCCGGCGAUUGUAAAUCUGACGUGUCACUCGCAGGAGUCGAUUACGAUACGCUGGAAGCGACCCAACGAGUUCUACAAUACCAUCGACUUUUACAUCAUCAAAACACGACUCGCCGGCCAGGAUACGCACCGUGAUAUACGCAUCAAUGCAUCCGCCAAGGAGCUGGAAACGGCGAUGAUAUUACAAAAUCUGACAACAAACUCUUACUAUGAAGUCAAAGUGGCAGCGGCCACAUUCAGCGUUAUAAAUCCCAAGAAAAUUGUGUUGGGCAAAUUUUCGGAUUCACGAAUUAUACAAUUGCAGCCGAAUUGCGAGAAGCUGCAGCCUCUGCUGCGGCAAUCGCACAACGAUUACAACCUGGCCGUAUUGGUGGGCAUCAUAUUCAGCUGCUUCGGCAUCAUUCUGAUUGUCAUGGCGUUCUUCCUAUGGAGCAGAAAGUGCUUCCAUGCGGCCUACUACUAUCUGGACGAUCCGCCGCAUCAUCCGAAUGCCCCGCAGGUGGACUGGGAGGUGCCUGUGAAGAUUGGCGAUGAAAUACGCGCUGCGGUGCCGGUAAAUGAGUUUGCCAAGCACGUGGCCUCGCUGCAUGCGGAUGGGGAUAUUGGCUUUAGCCGGGAAUAUGAGGCCAUACAGAACGAGUGCAUCAGCGACGAUCUGGCCUGUGAGCACUCGCAGCAUCCGGAGAACAAGCGCAAGAAUCGCUAUCUGAACAUAACAGCUUACGAUCACAGUCGCGUGCAUUUGCAUCCCACGCCGGGUCAGAAAAAGAAUCUGGACUAUAUCAAUGCCAAUUUCAUUGAUGGCUAUCAGAAGGCGCACGCCUUCAUUGGCACCCAGGGCCCGUUGCCGGAUACCUUCGAUUGCUUCUGGCGCAUGAUCUGGGAGCAGCGCGUGGCCAUUAUCGUGAUGAUCACCAAUUUGGUGGAGCGCGGCCGGCGCAAGUGUGAUAUGUAUUGGCCCAAGGAUGGCGUGGAGACCUAUGGCGUUAUACAGGUCAAGCUUGUCGAGGAGGAAGUCAUGUCCACCUACACGGUGCGCACGCUCCAAAUUAAGCAUCUGAAGCUAAAGAAGAAGAAGCAGUGUAAUUUGGAGAAACUUGUCUAUCAAUAUCACUAUACGAACUGGCCGGAUCAUGGCACACCGGAUCAUCCGUUGCCCGUGCUGAACUUCAUCAAGAAAUCCUCGGCUGCCAAUCCCGCCGAGGCGGGUCCCAUAGUCGUCCACUGCAGCGCUGGCGUCGGUCGCACUGGCACCUACAUUGUCCUGGACGCCAUGCUGAAGCAGAUCCAGCAAAAGUCCAUUGUCAAUGUGUUUGGCUUUUUGCGUCACAUACGCGCCCAGCGCAAUUUCCUCGUCCAGACCGAGGAGCAGUAUAUAUUCCUGCACGACGCCCUGGUGGAGGCGAUCGCCUCCGGCGAGACCAAUCUGCCGGCCGAGCAAAUCGAGGAGCUCAAGAAUUGUACACCCUACUUGGAGCAGCAGUACAAGAAUAUCAUACAAUUCCAGACAAAGGACAUACACAUCGCCUCCGCCAUGAAGCAGGUGAACUCGAUCAAGAAUCGCGGCGCCAUCUUUCCCAUCGAGGGCAGUCGUGUGCAUUUAACACCCAAGCCCGGCGAGGAUGGCAGCGACUAUAUCAAUGCAUCCUGGCUGCACGGCUUCCGGCGUCUGCGCGACUUUAUUGUCACUCAACAUCCGAUGACGCACACGAUAAAGGAUUUCUGGCAAAUGGUCUGGGACCACAAUGCGCAGACCAUUGUCCUGCUCUCCUCGCUGGAUGAUAUUAACUUUGCGCAGUUCUGGCCGGACGAGGCCACGCCCAUCGAGAGCGAUUACUAUCGCGUCAAAUUCCUGAACAAGACAAACAAAAGCGACUACGUCAGCCGCGAUUUCGUCAUACAAUCCAUACAGGACGACUACGAGCUGAGCGUCAAGAUGCUGCACUGCCCCAGCUGGCCGGAGAUGUCCAAUCCGAACAGCAUCUACGAUUUCAUAGUCGAUGUGCACGAACGCUGCAACGAUUAUCGCAACGGACCAAUUGUGGUUGUCGACAGAUAUGGCGGCGCACAGGCGUGCACCUUCUGUGCCAUCUCCUCGCUGGCCAUCGAGAUGGAGUACUGCAAUACGGCGAAUGUGUAUCAGUAUGCCAAGCUAUAUCAUAACAAGCGACCCGGCGUGUGGACCUCCAGCGAGGAUAUACGUCUCAUCUAUAAUAUUCUGUCCUAUUUGCCUGGCAAUCUCAGUUUAUUGAAGCGCACCGCGCUGCGCACCGAAUUCGAGGAUGUGACAACGGCCACGCCGGAUCUCUAUAGCAAAAUAUGCAGCAAUGGUAAUGUCAUACACCAACAACAGCAACAGUUGCUGCUGGCACAGCAGCAGCAACAACAGCUGCUGCAGCUGCAAAUGCAACACGAAACACAACAGCUACAACAGCAACAACAACAAUCGCAGCCGCAGCAGCAGCACACACAAUCAAAUCUCAUUAGUCAUAGUCAUGCAACAGAAACAAUAACUGAAACAACAACUGCAACUGCAACAACUGCAACAACAACAACAACAAACACAAAUACAACAAAUACUAAUUCUAGCUUAUUGCCCAUCUCAUCAUUGUUACCACCCACAGUUGCUCCAUCAUCCAUCACACCCACACCCAGCAAUGACAUGCACAAUCCAACAACAACAACAACAACUACAACAAUUCCUACACCAACAACACCAACAACUGCAACAACACCUACAACUGAUCUAACCCAUACUAAUGCUAAUUUUACCACUGUUACUAAUAAUGCUGCUGAUGUGCCGCCAAUUGUUGCUCUUAAUGCUGAUGAAAUGGCCCAACAACAACAACAACAACAACUGCAUCAACAACAACAAAUGCUCGCGCUGAUGCAACAACAAACGCAACUGCAACAACAAUACAACACGCAUCAACAACAACAACAAUCGGAUAAUGCCAACUGCCUGCUGCCACCCACGCAUGUUGAUGAAUUGCUGCAACCUGCAACAACAACAACAACGACGACGACGACAACAACAUUGUGCAACAACAACAACAACAACCUGCAACAACCGGCAGCAGUCACAGAUGCUCAAAAUUUAGAUAUUGUAGCUUAGAUUUAAUGUUACAAAUUAAUUGCAAAAAAUCAUUUUAUAAAUGCUA